AUGCUGUAUUUGGAGGAGCAUCGAGAGGUCGGCAAUUGCACCGAAAAGGCUUUGCAGCUUGCCGAACAACACAGACAAUACGCCGAAGGAGCCAUGGUGAGUGAGAUCCUCUCGGCCACUUGAUCCUUUCAUUGAGCAGCCAGCUAUUUUUAAGAUUCGUCUAUAGUUUGGCGCUUUUAUUUACCUGAUCAAGACUCUGGGUAAUCAAAGAUCUUCACUGGUUGAUAGACAGAUAAAACCCCCUUUUUCUCACCCUUGAUAUCUUUUUCUCUUACUUUUUUCCCAUCCUUGACUUACGGGGAAAUCUCUUUGCGCAGAGCUUCCAUUUACCGAAAUGACCCGACCUGAUGACGAAAAUCGUUGUGUUUAUGUAUACUCGAAACCUCUCAAGCGCAUCUUUUUUAUCUGUUUGGGUAAAGAAAAGAGAACACAGUCCAAGGACUAGUCGCGGGGAAUAUCCUAAAAACACAAUGUUGUCUUCUUUGCAGGAAGAAGUCGAAGCCUCACGGAACCUCAAAAAAGCCGGAGAGGAUCUCAUCAACUCGAACGAGGCUGAGGUAAACAACACUACAAAAUGACACUUUUUGAGCGGCUCGACUUGUUCACAACAUUUGAGUACUACUACCUCCCGUUUUUCUUUUCAGCUUUCCGGAAGUUUGGAGCCAAAGUGUGAGGAACUCGAAAGAAUGGCCGCGGCUUUGACGUCUGCAUUGGAAAGAAGGGGAGAUUGUCUGAAAAGAAGUGCCACGAUGCAUGAUCAAAUUGCACAGGUUCAUUCCAACUUUCUGUACUGGUAGAAAGUUGAAUAUUCAGGCGAACUCUUGGUGCAGUCGGGGAGCCGAUCUUCUGACAACUGGAAUGACAGAUUUUACCAACCCAAACCCGGCGACUUCACUCAUGGCACUUGACUCGUUCAUUGAAGAAGGAAACAACCUGAAUGUAAACGCAACUAUCUUUCCUGAAAAUAAUAAAAGUUCAGAUUGAGUUCCUCAAAGACACAACUUCCCCAAUGAACCAACUAAUUCUUCUCACCACCAUCGAAACUUCGACGCUUCUACAGCUGGUAAGAGUUUACGGGAGAGGCGUGCCACAGAACUUUUCCCCUUCUCCUCUCGCUCCGAUAAUUUUCGCUUUUCCGGGGUCUUUUUUUCUGCCGUGCGACUUAAUGGAAAAUGCGGCUUAGUCAGUGAUAGGUGGCCGUGUGCCCCUGAGAUGAUCCGGAAGUAUCAGUAGAAAAAGAGCAAACAAGUGGAGCAGCUUGCCGGUUCGCCAACCGAUCAUCCUGCCGUUCUUCCCUGCCCAAUCACACUCGUUUCCUCCGGCUCCUUCUCGAUUUUCGUGAGAAGAAGUUUGAUAAGCAACCCUCAAGUUUUAUGAGCUGUUUCGUGUGAGGAACAUGUGAGACAGCUGCGAAAGCGACCAUUUUCUGAUAUUAUUCACUGCUGUUUCCUAUCGAAUACACCGCUUUCUGCUGCUCUCCGAGAAAGAUUCGUGUGUGUGUGGGAAUCAUAAAACGAAAUGAUAUUCGCAGAUGUUCUGGUGCGUUCUCCGUUUUACAUUUAUGACCCAGCAAGGGCGAAAAAUGCAUCUUCGUGCCCAGGUGGCCAUUUUCACUUUGCUGUCAGGGAAACCGACCCCUUUCAUGACCUCAUUCUGAGCUUCGGAGCACCAUACCAAUUUCCUUUCGGCCGGUGACUAUCGUGCCCCAAAAGAGGCUCAGGAUAACGAUUUCCUGCAAUUUAUCCGAUUGGCCCGUCGCCCUUUAGUCCACUCCAUUGAACCUUCUCUCAAAUUCAUUACUCUUUGUUCGAUGCCGACACGCGGCGCGGGUAACCCGAAUAAUUCAGUGUGAGAGUCGGAAAGCUUGACUCAAGUCAUAAACCAUUUCGGCAUCAUUUUUAGCUGCUUCGCCGACAAACCAGGGCGUCAAUGCGGUUAUGCUAAUUCAAUCAAAUUUCCGAAACGAAAUGCAAUCCGUUCCCCAGACAAUAAACCCAUCCGCCAACAUUGUUUUCUUUUCCUUGCCGCAGCAAAAAAGGAAAGGAGAAGAAGACAAUAUUUGAUAUAAGUUUUGCUUCUUCUUUGUCUUGCCCGCACAAAUUGCAGAUGGGUAAACUGAGAUGCGAACGCCACUCUUGAAAGUUCAAAUAAUUACUUUUCGCCUCACAAUCUCAAGAAGUUUAUUUUAUUAGAACCAAAGUGUGGAGUGAUCUGGUUGCAAACUAGACCAUCCCUGAUGAUUUCUCAGGAGACGAAUAAGGAAAUCACUUCUGUCGAAUUGGCGGACCUUGUAUGAUCGUGUUCUAUCAUGCAUGCAAAUGAGGAAAAGAAGAAAUGUUCGCGUUUGAAACGAAAUCAUCUCCUUCUUCUUCUUCUUUCUCACUCGUCGUGUACAGCGAUCUUAUUGUUGUUCGCAAAAAGUUGCGAUCUGGGAAUGACUCCUUUCGCGAUACGAUUUGAACAUUCCGAAACAUGAUACCCCGUGUACAGUAGUAGGAAAUGAACAGAAGCGGAAAAUUGAAGAGUAACCCGAAUGAAUUCAACCAGUCAACCAUGCUCGGAUGCACAAAAUCUAGAUAUCGCUUUUUUCAGAUCGAAGAGCGCAUCAACGAUAUUCGCAAGAUGUCACUGGCGAAACGUGACCAGCUGACCAAGCUGCAUCUACAGAAGCCGCCACCGGUGCAAGUUGUCACCCCGGAGAAGAAGAACAAGAAAAAUAGUAAAACGGAGGUGAGCAUUCAUCAUCACAGGAGACACGCCGACGGUGCCGGCACAAGCACAAGACACCUUGUGAUUCAUGCGCGGCCGGACGGUGCCGGCCUCCUACCGAAAUUUUCUGUGUCCGGGUGGUUUCAGAUUUUUAUCUCAGGAAAGGGUCUAACUAGACGUACUUUCGACACCCGCCAAAUAUCACGAAAAACUACAGAGUUGUUUGGGACCAAAACUUUAGUUUUGUGUGUCGCUUACCACUGUUCAUUUUCAAAUUGAAAUGGGAAUGACGUCACGUGAAUCGGGGAGAAACAGCUGGUUGCUUUGAAGGUUGCGCAGCGGGGGAAACACAGUUAUCCGGUAUAAGAAAGUUGCUUCUGCUACGGAUCGCUUUCAUUUCGCAUUUCAUUUUGUCCUUCAAGGGCUUUUGGUCAACAACUUUUUUGCCAAACCUAACCACUUUAGCCGGAGGGCAAAAAAUAGAGCACUCACGUUACACUAUAUAUAUAUUUAUUUAUUUUCAAAUUCCCACGCUCAAGAUUUUGGCGUCAAGCGUUGAGCCCAGAGUCAACUUGGGAGACUCAAAGGAGAGGAUAUAUAUUAUCUUCCAUUAUUUGAACAAAUUACACACGCGAGAAGCUGCUCCGCGCGACAUCGGAAACUCGCCAGGGCACUGCGACCUCCCUCCCAGCUCGUCACCAUGAUAUGCUCCUAUCGUUGUUCUCACGCGAACACUCGAAAAACACUCCAUGCGAUGUCCGUCCGUCCGGCCCGUCCGCACCCAUCCCUCCCACACGCCGAGUACUUCUAUACCAUCAGAAUUUGCCAUCUCAUCACCUUCUUCUUGCCCUUCGUCAACACGUUCUUCUCCUCGGCUUUUUUGAACGGAAAGUCGCGAUACAAAUUGAAAUGAUCGCAGGAACCGAUGCCGACCGAUAGAUGUUCCUUUUCUUUUCCUAUCAAGUUUUUGAGGGCACCCAAUCUAACUAGUUCCGUUUGAACACUCUAGUUUUCGAAUUAUUGUUACAGUCUCUGCCGGAUGUGACAAACCUCAUUUGAAAGUCAAUUUUAAUUUAAUUUGGGGGCGGUUUUUAAAUGAUGCUCAAUGGUUUAUCAAUGCCCAUUCCGACCCUCAUCAUUAGAUUUGAAAUCACUCCUAUUGUCCUCCCUAACUGCUCCGUGCUGACCCGUCCUCGAGGCACCAAUAAUAAUAAUGUGCAAAGUGCAAUCACUAGGACGGAUGCGUCUUUUGUGCAGAAGAGAACUGCACAUCUGGAAGCACUUUUGACCGCUCAAUCGCGGGGGAGCGACAGAAUGAAAAACUCAAGUCGAAAUUUGCGUAGGAGAGAAACAAAAGCGAUUGGGUUGCCCAUCUGUCUCAACCCCCAUCUGUAUUCAAUUUGUUAUCAAAAUUUUUCGAAUUUGAACCCCUGAAUUUAAAGGGGAGAAAGCGGUACCACGAGGACAAUUUCGCGAAAUUCAUAUUAAUAACUGAGUAGAGUAGGUGAUGAUUAUCAUGGCGUGUGCUAUGCAUAUAUCUUGUCUAUGAAUCCGAAAAGAGGACCCUGUUCGCUCUAUUCGCUUUCCAUUAGUCUAUUUCUAAUUAGAAAGCGCUUCAAUUUUUUUUCAAUUUAUCAACUACAUAAUUAAAACGGAACGCUCGCAUCAACUGCCUUUUCUAGUCUCUUCCAGCCGCGCCAGUUCGUUUUAUUUUAGAUUGUUGUUGUUGCUGCUGCUGCUGCUGCUUUUUCGUAUUUCUUCAGCCGUCUUCUUCUCGCAACCGCCUUUAAUUUUGUUCCGCUCUGAAAGAAGGGGGGAAAUGGGAGCAGUAAGGUGCCUGCUCCAUAAUUAUCCUUCCGUUCUUUUUUGGUGACCUCCUAAAAGUGAGAAGCCCAUUCAGUGUCAAUCUGUAUCAACUUCUGCGCGCAAGAGGUUCACUUCAGAUGCCCUCGGAUGAACGCGGUUUACUGCCAGAUGAGUUAUAUAAACAGAUCGAAUGUCCUUCCGCUGCCCUAUCGAAUCAUCAUCACUCCUUGUACGGUCAACCGUUCGCCUGUUUACCCAUGCGCUGUGAUGGGCCCUCUUCUUCAAAAAACAGCAACGUACACGCUGACGCAAAUCCGCACAGCAAAGGUGGCUCGGAACUGUCUGCCCGCCACUGCCACCCACCAAAGUAUGGUGUGAUCGUCUGCGUCUCGCCGCCUCGCGCACUCUCUCGCGCGGCCUGUUGCGCGCGUUCGGCCCUUGCCUAGCGGCCUCCCUCUCUGCUCCGCCCUCCUCACACCAUUCUUCAUUUUUGCGUCCUGUCUCUGCCAACUGCAUCGUAUAUCUCCGUUUCGUGAUUUCGCUUCUGAUGUUAUCACCUCCUUAUUGUUCUCUUCCAUCAGCAAAUCUGGAGCAACGAACAGCCUUCAUGAAGCGCACUCUUCCGAGAUUCUUGUCGUUUCGGCGCUCCAAGCGCAGGCUCAUCACAUCGGUGUCCGCGCCGCUCAUUGUGAUGAACUAUAAUGAAAAUCAGUACGAGGUGAGUAUUCAUAAAAUAUCCUUGUAAUCGAGGGGAAAUCUGGCGGAUAUCUAGCACAAAAUCGCGCGUAAAUCGAGUUUAUCGAACUUUUUUCGGAUGCGCCGACAUGAAUAGCUAGAUUGAAGACGCAAAUUUGUCCCCAAAAAAGAAGCUCGCAUCCAUCCUUUCAUUUUUCCUCCUCCUUCUCUCCGAAUUCCAAUUUCCGGCCUCAGCAAAGACUCUUUAUGCAUCCGUGAGGUUAAUCCCAUUUCUCAUUACUUUUUGUUGACGACCUCUCUAUUUACUCUUUAUCAAAAUCUGCUACAUCGCUUUCUCUCUCUCUCUCGCUUCCUCUUUUCUCCGUAAGAAAAAGAAAGACGAAAAAGUGUUGACAUUUUGGCGGAAAAAGUUUAAUGAGCGGCAGCACAAACAGUUAUGCUAGAUGCUAGAACUGGUUCGGGUUCAUGAUCUAACCUGCCAGCGUGGAAAAGGGGGGAGGGGGUAAUCAUAUCGUAAUCUGACACCCAUCGUUCCGCUCCGCCGCGAGUUUUGUUUGAGAUAACAGGCCGCACAAGUUGGGACCGCGCGAUCAUCGUACAAAAAGGGUUGCCGACGUUCGUAGCCAAUUCAGUCGGUUUGCCUAGAAACGAUAAGGGGCUUGUUUGGUGGUGUUGAUGAGAUGCGUGCGUGAACAUCGAAACGAGAAAGAGAGGGAGAUAGAGGAAAAACGGACAGUACAAUCGUUUUGCAGUAGCCAUCCAUCCCGAUUGUUAGCUCUGCUAGUGGUUUAGCACCCAGUUGGACAUCUCAACAUCUCCUCCUCCCUCUAUUGUUUGUUUCUAGAAACAGUGUCCCAUCCCGAGUCUGCUCAUCAUCGCCUCUUUUGUUUGUUUGCAAAGCAACAGUCAUUACACUGUUUUGGCAUAAUCAAACAGUGUAAUCAAUCGUUUUGAACGCAAAGGAGGAAGGAAGGGCAGAGUUGACUACUUUCUGUGGUUAGGAAGGGGACAAACUGAUUUUAUCGCUCUCGUUGAGGGUAAUUGAUGAAGAAGACUGAGAAUGGGGGUUAAUAUAUCAGGGGAUAUCAGUAGUGAUUAGAAAGUUGUGAUGUUUUUGAGAGAUACGGCCUUUGCAAAUACCCGGGGGAAGAGUGAGAUUGACCCUUGGUCGUAUAUUCUUUUUCGUCCCUUGCGUGUUUCUUUCUGCUGCUGGUGCCAACGAUUUGCGUAGCUCAUCUCGAGUGGCCGUGCCACACACGUACGUACAAUAUGCGACAAGCACGCUAACCAAGCAACCACUCGGGGCAGCUAGCCAGUCCUUUUGCUGUUUAGUGCAUCUUUUCUUUUCGUCCCAUGAAACAUCGGUCCAAGUUAUGAAAAUGAGGGAGAAAGACGGAAGCAAGAAUCCAUACGGCGCCUUUCGCAAAUGGCCCGAAACGUUUUCAUUUCCCAUUGUUGAACCACUUUCCAUUUCGCGCUUUGAUAGGCUAUCUGGUGAGAGUGUGUCGUCUCCUUUGACGGCCAGUUGUAAACGUUUCGAAACCGACUUAGGUAACAGGCGGCUAUAAAAACAUACUUAGACCCCCCAAACAAUCCGUCAUUUGGGCGACGCUGAAGAUAUAGAGGAAGUGGCAGGCCGGGUACUGAACACGUUUUGUUUGAAAUAUAUGUGAUGGACGAUGAAGCCGUUCAGUUGUGGCAACGAUAAAAAUCGGUCCACAAACACGAUAGUGUUUGUUUUAGUACACACAACUUUGAAACUUUUUGCCAUUGGAAUCGAAAUAAUAAAAAAGGAUUGAGGCUUCGUUCGUCGCGGGACUAGCCAGCCAAGUCAAACUCUGACUAAUUGCGGGGUAUGUGACCAUCUUGGAGUGGCUUGACAUCACGGAGAAAAAUAUAGGUGCACAUACACACACGCUGCUGUCAGCGCCAUGUUAAUUACACUCACAUCCGAAUAUGUCCUUUCGAUUUCAAGGUCCCUUUCGUCCCAUCUUGGCGCUUUCGCUCGUCAACGAAAGGUUGCGCGUAAGACCCCCAAAUGAGCAUUUCGGUAGCAAAGAGGGAAAGGGAAAAGGGAAAAGAACACUGGGAAGGAUCGCCAGCAGCAGAUUUGGGUGUUGCGCUAAUUGUUUGCGUUUAGAAUUGGUGCUGCUUUUCGUGAAGGCAGGGCAUUGACGUUUUUUUGAGCAAAGGCAAAGUUUGAACAGUUAUUCUCCCUUGUUCUUUUCCCACCACCCGCCUUCCCAUCAGCUCCAUGUCCCUUCCACUACUUCAGAAGAAAUAUGGCUAUUGGGGCUCUUUUCUCUCCAAAUACUGCUUCUUGUGGACUCUAGUCAAGAAGCGGAGGGAAAAGACGAAGCUGAAGAGAAAGGUACCAGUUGCUGUUUUGACAGACAUCUCGCGUUCAAUCUCAACACCCAAUCAAAUAAUUGUCACUCAGCGCUGCAUGACAGAUCCAUUAAAUAGAUAACGCACCAAAUUGCAAACACUGUGUGCUAUUGUUGCAGUCGCCAUAAUGAGCCGAGUCCGGCGGCGGAUGCUCGAAAUGUGUUAAAAGGGCCCCUGGGACCAGUAUGGCGCACUUCAUUUGCGCGAUUAUUAGCCAUCAUUUGCAAACCCCGGGCGGCUUUGAAGUACACCAGAUGUCGGGAACAAAAAGGGACACUCACAUGGCCCCGAACUUCGAUUUGAAUCACAGUCUAAGGUUUUUCAGCACGAUGUCAAAGACAUGCCAAGCUGCUCGGGAGAAACGACUCCGGCCGGAAUGCUCAGUCCAAGACGGGAAACCAGAGAAGUAACGAACGCGUUUGAUGAGAUGAUUGCGACUGAGAUCAGUUAUGUUGCCGACCUGAAGGAGAUCAUCAUUCACUACUUGGAGCCGUUUGAGGCCUCCGAGAAUCAGAGCAGUCUUCCAGAGUCUCUUCGCGGAAAACCAGAGUGCCUAUUCGGUUAGUUAAUGAAAAAUAAUUACAAUAAUGAGCGAAUUCUUACAGGAAAUGUGCGUGAACUCUACAAAUUCCAUCAUCGGGUCGUUCUGGAAGACUUGGUCGGUGCACAAACAACCACCGAAAUGUGCCGCGUGCUCAUGCAACAUCGCAAUCAGUAAGCCACGUCUUUAUGUUCUCUAUACAAUCAGUGAAUGUUUCAGAAUCUACCUCACGUACCGCACCUAUUGUCAGAUUCACGGAUCCAAUCAGAAAGUGCGCGAUUCGGUCAAGAACCACCCGUUCUUCAGAGACUGCCAGAAAAAAGCGAGCCACAACAUGGACAUGAGCUCGUACCUUCUCAAACCGAUCCAACGUAUCAUGAAAUACCAGCUCCUUCUGGCCAAUAUCAUGGAGGAUUGCCCAGCCGAUGUGAAGGAUGAGGUAUCAAUGACUCGCGACAGCAUGGUCGAGCUGCUCAAUCAGAUUGACGCUUCCAUGCAGCAACUUCACAUUUCCGGAUAUAAUGUAACAAAUUCUCAUCCGACAGGAACUGAGUUAAUCUUUUCAGGGCGACUUGAAGUCUCUCGGACUGCUCCGUCUCCAGACCGAGUGUGAUGUCUUCACGUACAACAGAAAGAAGAAGGCCAAGUUGUCCCGUGCCCAGAAGCGCUUCCUGUUCUUCUUCGAUGGAGCCGUCAUGUUUUGUAAGAAACGUGUCAGCAAUCCGGGAACAACUUUGAACUCCGAGCCAGAGUACUUCGAGCACAAGUUCUGCAUUCCGGUCAGUAAACCCCAAAGAUGAGCACAUCAUCAUGAAAGCAUUUCAGAUUCUGUCACUCGGCUACGAUUUGUCGUCUCGCACUGGCGCAAGCAGGUUUGAAGUAUGGGACGAGGCGAAGACUGAUGCUUAUGUGAUCGAGACCGUCGACCAGGCUGCCCGCACCAAAUGGAUUCAGCGACUUGGCAAGAACGAACCGUCGUCGCAGGAAACGUGGCUCGAGAAUCGUCAACGUCCGAAGAGCUGGGCGAGCACUGUCUCCAACGAAAGCUCGUGCUCAUCAAGCACUCGCGAAUCGGACAGUACCGACAGUACCAUGGAUACAAACGGGAACACGCAAACUACUCAAAUAGACGCGCCCUACUCGCCAACUUUGGAUCAAACGCUCGAGUUGUCGGUGGGUAAAGAAAACUAUCAAACUGACUUGAAAUAUGGAUAAUUUUCAGAUGGACACCACGACUCCGCUGAGAGCACCUGAGGUCAACAACGAAGUUGAGUUGGUCGACAGUUGCUGA